ACCACCUCCCUCUCGUCGUUAUCCCGGAGGGUAGCACUUUGUCUGGACGCAAAAAAAACACCCGACUUGACUGAAUCGUCGAAACCCUCACUUGGCUGUAACGUCGACAUCUAGCCGACGGAGCCAUUUUAUAUAAAAAAAAAGAAUGUGAAAUUAGUAAUUACUGUUGUUAGCAGUAAUUUAUUUUAAUGUAAUUUAAAUUAAAAUCAUUCCAAAAAAUAUGUUAUAAAUAAUUUGUGCAAUGGCUACCGAAAAUUCACCUGCCAAAAGCAGGGGCCCGCUAAUUGAUCCGGCAUUUUGCCGUUGUUGUCGUUCAAUCAAGCGGUGUCGUUUGCUCAACACUGAAUAUGAAUGGGAUGGAACAAAAGAGGUCUAUGCUGAUAUGUUCAUGGAUGUAUUUGGUUUAUUGUUGUCUCACCUAGAUGAUGACAGCAAGGACUCCUGUAUAUGUGCUACAUGCGUGCGGCGUCUUAGAGAGGCCCAUGCGUUCAGGCGGCAGGUCCUGCAAUGUGAGGAGAUGUUCCUCAGUGCUAAGUUGCAGAAUAAAGCUGCAAUCAAAUUGGAAGUGAAAUUGGAGUCUGCGAGUAGUGAUGGGGAAUGCAGUGACGAUUUACCUCUAAUACAAUGUGAUGUUAACCCAAAAAAUGAGUGCACAGAGGCUGUAAAUAAUAAAAGGCAUGGUAAAGAAGAGUUAAAGAGUAGCAUUAGAAAGAGCAGGGAAAUGUUGAAGGCGGGAUGUGAGACGAAUCGGUUGAGGCCGAAAAUAGGCAAGUUGAAAAAGACAGCUGCCAAACAAAAAGCGAAAGCCUCAAAAACGGCCACAAUAGACCAAGAGUUCAUGGCGUAUUCAAACACUAUAACCAUAGUCAACAAUUCUUAUGUCUGCCCAUUCCACAAUAGAAUAAGCUUCUACUAUUGUUACUACUGCAAAGACCAGUUCACUGACCCAAACGAACUUAGAGAACACACUCUGACACAUAACCCGAAAGAGCUGUUCGAAAUAUCGAUGGAAAACAAAAAGAUACCGAAAGUGGACAUCACUAGGAUUGACUGUCGAUUAUGCGAUGAAAAGAUCGACGAUCUGGAAGCGUUUCGAAGCCACAUCACUAGCAAACACGGGUUGUCUCUAUUUCCUGCAAAAAAUGAAUUUCUCAAAUUCCGCCUUACGCCAAAUAAUCUAAUGUGCACAGAAUGCAGUGAGGUGUUCCCAUAUUUCGACUCGCUGAAGAAACAUAUGGUUGACCAUUUCGGGACGCAUACCUGCGAUCUGUGCGGAGCGUGUUUCCUUGAACAGGCAUCCCUGAGAACCCAUAUAAAAGCCCACAGCAAAAUAGACCUGAAUUUCCCUUGUGAAAUCUGUGGAAAAAAUCUAAAAUCCAAAUACAGCCGACGACUGCAUAUCGCUACAGUCCAUGAAAAGAAGCCGACAGUGAACUGUUAUAAGUGCGAACAGUGUUUUUUAUCUUACGCGUUACGGAACCGUCAUUUGAUCGAAGUGCAUGGUGAUAAUCGAACGUUUCCUUGCAAGUUGUGCGACAAAGUGUAUAACAGAAGGAAGACUUUAAUGGAACAUAAUCGUAGAAAUCAUCUAAAAGUGUAUAGGCAUCAGUGUGAUUUGUGCGAACAGAGGUUUUAUUUGCCGUCGCGUUUGCGAGAGCAUAUGGCAACACAUACUGGGGAAAGGAACUUCCGGUGUGAGUUUUGUGAUAAGAGUUAUCCUCGGUUGCAGUCAUUGCAGGAGCAUAUCAGGUCCCAUGGUGCAGAGAGACGAUUUAAAUGUAACAUUUGCAAUUCGACUUUUACCCAGAACACGAGCCUGAAGAGUCACUUGAAAACUCAUCAUCAGGGUUAUGAUAUGGAGGCUUAUAGCUGAUAGAGUGAAUUUUGGGGACAUUUAAACAGAAAUAUUAAUAUAUAAAAAAGAUGCUGUUUUUGUAAAUGUUAAGGGCAAUUUGUAUGUUGUUCACGAAGGGGAGAUUGUUAGCUAUUGCUACGAGGUUGUAAUUUGUUGGCACAAGGUGAAGCUGUGCGUCUCAUCCCUCAAUAAUGAGUAAGGGAACAACUCUUUGUAUCGAAGUGAUACAUAGCUCUUUAUGAGGAAAAUAAAACAUAUUUUUUUGCAAUUAGGGAAAUUACAAAUUUGAAGUAAAUCUGAAGUAUUUU